AGCGACGUUGCUGCUGCUGCUGCUGCUGCUGCUGUUCCUGCUGACAGUUAUCACCGACCAGCUCAGAUUUCUACGUAGAUUAGGAUGAACAGUUACUAAGAGAAAACAGGCAGGAAACCCGAGGGCAGCACCGCAGGGACCGAGCGGAGAAUAGACGCUAGCUUCGCCGUUUAUCGUUUACUCGGGAGUUGCGAUGGUCCAGUCAAGGGAUAUUUUUCUAGCCUUGCUUCUCGUGGGCUGUACAGUUUCCCUGGAGGUGCAGAUCACACCCAGUCAGGGUGAAAUUAGCCUUGGAGAAUCCAAAUUCUUCAUGUGUGAAGUUCUAGGUGUUACCAAGCAAAUAGACUGGUUUGGACCAAGUGGAGACAGGAUAGAACCGAAUCGACCAGACGUAACAGUAACCCGUAAUGAUGAGUCAUCCUCCACUCUCACGUUGUAUAAAGCUGGCACUGACAAUGCGGGGACAUACAAGUGUGUCGCUACCAAUGGAGACCAGCAAGCGGAGGCAACUGUCAAAGUGAAAAUCUUUCAAAAAAUCACCUUCACGAAUGCACCUUCACCCCAAGAGUUCACCGAAGGAGACAAUGCCAACAUUGUUUGUGAUGUCACCAGUUCGCCUCCACCAACUGUCCUCUGGAAAUACAAGGGAGCGAAAAUACAGAUGGAAAAAGAUGUUCGCUUCAAAGUACUGAGCAACAAUCACCUUCAGAUCCGUGGCAUAAAGAAGACAGAUGAGGGCUCGUAUACCUGCGAGGGUCGCCUCAUGGCCCGCGGCGAGAUUGAUCUGCGGGUCAUCAAGGUCGUCGUGAAUGUGCUUCCUACAAUCAGGGUAUGGCAGUCAGAGGUGAAUGCCACAGCAGAGGUCGGCCAGCCUGCCAUGUUAACCUGUGCUGUUGAUGGCUAUCCUGAACCCAUGGUGACUUGGACAAGGAGUGAAGGAGUUCUCGAGGCAGGAGAAAAGUACAGCUUUAAUGAAGAUGGCUCAGAAAUGACAAUAAUGGAUGUCGCCAAGUUGGAUGAAGGAGAGUAUACCUGCAUCGCCAAGAACAAGGCUGGGGAAAGUGAGCAGGAGCUCAGUCUCAGAGUGUUCGUCAAACCUAAGAUCACAUACAUCGUAAACCAGAGCACUUCAGAGAUGGAGGAGCAGGUAACUCUGACUUGUGAGGCAUCAGGAGAUCCAACUCCCACCAUUAACUGGAGCUACAGGGAUCAGGUCUUCACUGAAGGAGAUCAGGCACACCUAAACAGGAUCUAUCAGGCAUCAUGGACUCGGCCAGAGCAGCACAAGAGUCAGGAUGGAAAUGUGGUGGUGAGGAGUCAUGCACGUGUGUCCUCCCUCACUCUGAAGUAUGUCAAGUACACGGACGCUGGUCAGUACGUCUGCACAGCGCGCAGUGCCAUUGGAGAGGAUGAACAGACAGCAUACCUGGAGGUCCGCUAUUCCCCUAAGAUUCAUGGUGCCAUAGCAGUGUAUACCUGGGAAAGAAAUGCCGUCAAUAUCAGCUGCGAGGUCAAGGCUCAUCCCAGUGAUGUAUCUAUAGUGUGGCUAAGAGAUGGACUGCAGCUCCCCAACUCCAACACCACAAACAUUAAGAUCUUUAGAACUCCAUUAUCAAGCUACCUUCAGAUAACCCCUGAAUCUGAAAAUGACUUUGGGACCUAUAACUGCACUGCUUCAAACGAGAUGGGCACAGAGUCCAAGGAGUUCCUCCUCAUUCAGGCCGACGUGCCAUCAGCUCCAUCCAUCCUUGAGGUGAGACCCUUCUCUACCACAGCACAGAUCCAGUUAGAAGAUCCUGAAUCCACUGGAGGCGUUCCUGUCCUGCAAUACAAAGCGGAGUGGAGGACUCAGGGCAGGGGCAGCUGGGUACAGAAGGUCUUUGAGGUCCAAGAUGGCUCAAUUGGUGAGGUGACUAUCACAGGCCUGAAGCCAGAGACCAGCUACCAAGUGAAGAUGUCAGCCAUCAACGGCAAGGGUGAAGGUGAAAGCAGCCCCGCUGAGUUCUUCAAGACAGAGCCUGUCCACGACAUUUCCCAUUUUUUCACUGAAGACACAGAAGGGAAUCCCAAUCCUCCAAAAUUGGAAGGGAUACUUCAGCCCAAAGGAAACUCCCUCAGAAUCAGCUGGAUCAAGCAGGACGAUGGUGGUUCCCCCAUUUUACAUUAUCUAGUCCGCUACAAACCACUUCAGGAAUCAGAUUGGAAGCCAGAGAUCAGAUUGCCCGCCGGCAGUGAGUACGUGGUUCUGAGUGGGUUGGAGUGGGACACUGACUACAAUGUCUAUGUGGUGGCAGAGAAUCAGAAGGGAAAGUCUCAGCCCGCAUCGAUGUCCUUCAGGACGUCUGCACAGCCAGAAGCUAUCCCAGAUCUGGGUGAUGAGGCAGCGCUCUCCAUGGGCAUCAUGCUCUGGGCAGGGAUCCUUGUUGUUGUAUUUAUACUCCUGCUGCUCGCCGUGGACGUCACCUGUUACUUUGUCAACAAAUGUGGACUCAUCAUGUGCCUCUGCGGAAAAUCCGGCACAGGGACCAAAGGACACAACUUGGAGGAGGGCAAGGCAGCUUUCAUCAAAGAUGAAUCCAAAGAGCCAAUAGUGGAAGUCAGAACAGAGGACGAGUGCACAGCCAAUCAUAACGCAGCAGGACCAACAGAACCCAAUGAAACCACACCUUUAACCGAGCCAGAGCUGGCGGCUUUCACUGCUGCUCUGGCACUGGACACCCUCUCCUCCGUAGCCACCAACUCUGACACAGCCACAGCGACAGUUCAGGACAGCCCCUCUAGCGAGACCACUACUCUCACUUGUAGCCUGUCUACCCCUGCUAACGACCCCUCUGACCCCUCACCUACCUCUGUCCCGGCCCCGGCCCCGACUCCAGAGUCAAACACAGCCCCGCCAACUCCCCUUUUCUCCACGUCUGCCGUCGAAGCUAAAAUGGCACCAUUAGUAGAACAAAGAGGGAGUAACACCCUAGAAGAAAAGGAGACAACAACCUCCCCACCUUAUACCCCUGAACAGACUAAAGCUCAAAAACCCGUGACACCAAUACCACCAAAGCGUAGGCAUUCUCCUAAACUUGCCGCUCUGAAUGCUAAAGGUAGCCCCCCUGUGUCUCCACUCGCUACGUCCUCCCCUUCAUUCUCUCCCACCUUCGAAACCAAGAAACGUGCUCCAAGACCUCCCGUCACACAGCUCAACACACAGCCACACACUGUAGCCUUAAACUCAGAGAUACCAGUACAAACUGCCUCCAAUCUAGAAACUACUGCCCCUCUGAAAAAAGAGCCUUUUUUAGAUACUGCAGCACCUGAUGCCAGUGUAAGCAGCCUUGCUUCGUUUGACGCUAACAAUAAACGCACUGACCAAAAUGUAGAUAAGAACAUGAUCGCUGCCAAAGAUGCUGCAGCUAGCCCUCCUUCAGUGAUCCAAGGUGCUCAUAAAGUCCAAAAUGCAGAAAAAACUGCUACUCCAGUUGCAGACUUCUCUUCUCCUUUACCCGUUACUCCUAUUACUUCUUCUUUCGCACCCACUGCCCUCGAGGCGCCGAUUUUAAAUGAUUUCUUCAUUUCCCCCUCUAACACAUACGACUUACUAACACCUGACGUCGGACUCAAUAAUGCAGAUUUAGAAUUAGAGUUGACAAACGGGACAGAAAGAUCUUUUGCGCCACCCGCGGACCUUAUUAGCUUAGACAGCCCGCCCUCUCUGGCCAAUGGUGACGGAGCAGACCCCCCAUCAGGCCCAGUUCUGGAGGCAUCAGAGACUCUGGCCAAGACUGCUCCUCCUGUCAACGAUGAGUACGGCUCCCUCUAGAGGAAGAGUUUUGCUGAUGAGAAAAGCAAACUGGAGGAGCCAGAGCUAUCAAAGACCCUGACAGAGAUCCCUGCAGAACACAACAGUGUCAUACAGACAAAAUCCAGCCAGAGCAAAGCAUGAUGGGAAAGGGGAAACCCAAACCCCUAUCCAAAACAUUUUUUUGCCGAAGCAACGUUCGAGAAACACUGCAGGAGUUUUGUUUUCCAGUGCCCUUAACUACAUAUUUAAAAGAACACACACACACUCAGACACACGCCAGUCUAUAGGUUAGAGCGGACUGACUGUGCUUUGAUUUCUGGUUUCCUUCAUGAAAUGUUUACUAUACCCAAGGAAUUAAUCUUUAGGUCAUAAGAGAUUUAUUUUAUUUUUUUAUUGUUAUUUUAUUUCACCAGUCAGGAUGAUUAAGAAUAAUCCCUUAUUAUAAUGAUUGCUUGGUACAGAUGUGGAAUAGAUUCCUUUUUAUUGUGCUUACAGUUUGUGAUGCCAUUGCACACAAGUAUUGGAUUAUUGAGAAAUGUAAAAAAAAAAACUUAAAAAAAAAACAACUGAAUAUAUACAGAAAUUAUUUUUCUUAUUUUCAUGUUCAACUGUUAAAAUGUAAAACUGUUGCAUUUGUUUUUAGAAUGGACUCUUACCUUGUGGGCUAGUCUCAUUAAAUAGCUUGUCCUGCAUGUCUGACCUGCAAGUGGUUGUGAAGUUUUGUUUACAAGGUUAAUGGUUUCACUGUCUGUUACAGGGAUGUGUCAUCUCGCACAGAUGCACUGGCAUUAAUUAAACAUAGGCCCCAGUUCAGUGUUUGGAUAAUAAGCAGAUUUGUUAUGGUUACAAAAAUACAGGAUCAACCCACAACCAGCUGCAGGGGAAAGAAGACUGACAUACACGGUGACAGUGUGCACCAUCAGAUUAGAUUUGGCCCAUUUAAUGAGAAUGUGUAUUCAGUCUGUCACUGCCUUGCCAACAGUGUAAGUUAAUAUAUUCAAUCAUAAACAUGUAUUUGAUUCAAGAGGCUCUUCCUUGAACACCCAAGUGUGUAGAGAGAGAGAGAGAGAGAGAGAAAAACAAUGCCAGCAGAGCUGCCGUUUCUCAGCCAAGGAUUUAGGAACUCCAAGCUACGAUCUUGUGCUAAAUAUACGUACGCCAUCUAUUUGUUUGGGGAGCAACAACAAUUGCAGAUCAAAGGUCUAGCUUCCUACUUUUGAGUUGUGCAUUUGAAACAAAAGAUUAAUAAAUGAAUAAAAACAUUUUUGUACUAUUUAAAAACUACAAAGAUUUCUUUUCCAUUUCCUGCCUGCGAGCUUGUGCACUGUGCCUGUGUGUCAAUAGAUUGUCUUGUCAUCAGUUUCUAUGAUAAUCUGCAUAGCUUUGUCGUGAGAGAUUUAGCCUAUUCUUUUAAUUUGUUAUAUUGUAUUAUUAGAAGAAAAGUAUGAUCAAUGGACUAAUGUGGUCAUUAUAACACGUGUAGUGUAUAAAACUGUCCGUCUCUGGUCACAGCACUAUAUAUUGCCAGUUAUAUUGAAGGAAGGUGUUUUGAACCUUGGCAUGAAUUCAGUCAGUACUUCAUAACAUUUAACUACAUGCAGAUAGACCUGCCGAUGUCUGUAUGGGGGGAAAAAAUCUCAUAUGGAGUAAUUGAGUGUUACAUUUGGGGCUUGUUCUGGCAAAAAAUACAUAUCUGUUUUUAUUUCUCCCCCCCCCCAAAGUUGUCAUUCAAGUGUUCUGUAAAGUGGAUUUUGAAUUUUUAUUUUUUAUUUUUUGGGAAGUUUAUCGUCUUUUUGUACAAAAGUCACUCACCAAGAGCGACGGCUUGACAAGCUGGCAGGAAGCAGGGUGGUCCACUCAAGACAGAAGAAGAACAAACUUCUAAGCUUCAGAUAACAAGCUUCAUAUGGUUACAUAUGUAUGGUAUAUAGAGCAAGAAACGCUUUACUCACCUUGUGCCCCACUACUGAUACCAGACCACCUUGCUCCCUUUGUCUCUGGAUGCUCCUUUAGGUUUUAUUGGGUCAAACUCAGAAAAUAUCUGUUGUGUACAGUCUGAGUGCUUACCCAUUUACAAAAUAAAAAAUGGUUUCCAAAUCUAA